GAAUCAUAGAACCAAUAUGUCUCUUCGCCGUUUCCCACACGCUGAAAUCGUUUCCCCAGAUGUUCUUGGAGAACAUUUGAAAUUCCGAAAUGGUAGAGAAACCAAUAAUCGAUUCUUGAAAGCUGCCCUCACCGAGAUUCAGUCGAGUUAUUAUCCUGAUGAGCCAAAAAGACACGGUCUUCCAACUGACGCUAUUCUUAAUAUUUAUGACAAAUGGGGAAAUGGCAGUUUUGGAAUGAUCCUGACUUCGAAUGUUCUAGUGGACCCAACUAAUUUGGAGGCUGCUGGUAAUGCUAUAAUUUUCAAAGAAGGAGAUUGCCAUGAACGUCGAGCUCUGUUUACUUACUGGGCAAAACUGAUGAAACAGGAUGGGGCUCUUGCCGUAAUGCAGAUCUCUCAUGCUGGAAGGCAGACCCCAGUGUUCGUGAAUCCUACUCCUUGGUCAGCUUCUGAUGUUCAACUUGUGUCAGCUGCACGUUUUACAACGUAUGGAAAGCCAAAGCCUUUGUCAACUGAGCAAGUUGAAACCGAAGUAGUGGAUAGAUUCGUCUAUGCUGCCAAAUUUGCAUACGAAUGUGGAUUUGAUGGAAUUCAACUACACGGAGCCCAUGGAUACUUGCUCUCUCAAUUCACAUCUCCAACAACUAAUAAGAGAGUUGACAAGUAUGGAGGUUCGCUGGAAAACCGUCAGAGAAUUGUUAUCGAGAUUUAUGAUGCUAUUCGAGCUGAAAUUCCGGCAUCAACUGGGUUUUUGAUUGGAAUUAAAACAAAUUCAGUGGAAUUUCAAUCAGAAGGACUCACUUUGGAGGAUGCUAAAACUAUGUGUCAAGUAUAUGAGAGCAAAGGAUUUGACUUUGUAGAGCUAUCUGGAGGAACAUAUGAGCAGCUCAACUGGACCUGGGAACGAGAGUCGACUAAGAAGAGGGAGGCAUUUUUCGUUGAAUUUGCCGAGCAGAUUCGGCCAGUUUUUAAUAAAACGGUGGUAUAUUUGACUGGAGGAUUUCGAACAGUUUCUGCAAUGAUUAAUGCAAUCUCCUGUAAUGCAACUCAAGGAAUUGGCCUCGGGCGUCCAAUUACAGCGGAGCCAGAUCUGCCAAAGAAGAUUCUAAAAGGAAGAGUCAUUUCAGCAGUUCAAGACUCAUUCAAUCCAAAUGAUAUUGCAACAACUGCGUUGGCAAGUGGCACACAAAUGGAUCAAAUGGGGCGUACGAGUCUGGAAAAAGCGAGCGGAAAUAUAAUGCAUCUAAUCACCGACUUCAGUGAUGGGCUCACCGUUCAAAAAUUUUGUGAAGCUUUGGGCCAUCAUGUGGAACAAGCAGCACUUGAUAUAAGCGAAGGAAAAAUACCGAAAGCAAUAAUUGCAUUUAACUAAAUACCGUAACUCUUUAGAAAUGGUAUACUUCCUUUUUACACUAUCUAGACAUUUUAACCUUGUAUAAGACUUCUUUGUUAUUCUAUCAUAGCCUUUUAAACAACAGAACAUUGUAUCAUAU